UUUUGGCUUCAUCCAGUUAGGGCUUCAUUCCACAACUCAGCCUCGCCGUCUCCGCUUUUUAAUCUAUGAAGCUAAUGAUUUCUCCUCUCAUCUCUUUAUCUCCCUUUUUGUUCAACGUAUUUUUUCUUUUAAUUCGCCAUUAUUCACAUUAAACCCAGAAAGAUGUGGACCUUUCUGUUUCUUUCACGUCAGUCUAUAACUAGGAGAAGGUUGAGAGCAGGAUGGAUCUUCAUCUCCACUCCGCAAGCUUCGUGCCCAACCUCUAACCCUCUCAUUCCAACCUCUUCCGGCGUCACGAUCCCGUCCCGGAAUCCGCUGCUCUGUUUCGGCCGGCGAGACCACGAAACGACUCCGUGGAAGAUGUCCCUGACAUAUCAUGGGGCUGCGAUAUAGAUUCAGUCCAAAACGUCACUUCUCUUCAGAUAUGGUUCUCCGGUUCAGGCCCCCUGCCGCAGAAAAUUGCUCUCGACAGAGUCGACAUCGGAGAGAGAGGACUCGAAUAAAAAGAAUAAGCUGAAAAAUAAAGAAAAAGAAACUCACCAGUGAUUAUGGCUGUUGUGGAACGAGGGUUACAGUUCUCCGUUACCGCAUCCGCUGGAAUCGAUUACCUUCGCAGUCGAUGACAAUUCUCACGGAGUAACCACGAACAAGAAGCCGCUUAACAAUUGGGCGACCAAGGUAGGAAACGCCGUAGCAAAGUAAGUAAUUUCCAUAAAAUAGAAAAAGUAGAAUGGAAUCUGUUAGAUUAAUAUUUAGACAGGUUACAUUCAGAAAUCUGUCAGAUUAAUAUUUUCUUUGGUUAUUUUACUUUGAACGUGACUUCUUGUGAAAAUGUGUUCUAUAAAGCUUGUAUGAUUGAUUCGCUGCAUCCCUGAGACAAGUCAGCUGUCCAACAUGCUCAACACUACUGACUAUGGAUUGGAUUGCUAAAUUUGACAUUGAGCAGCAAGCAAACAAGACAACAAUUAAAGGAUUUAGAGCCUUAAGCAUUUUGAAUCGGAUCAUGCUCGAUGAUUUUCAGACAAGUACAAAGAUUGAGGCUUUGAGGGAAGAAAUAAGGCUCAUGGUCGAAAGAGAGGGGUCUGCAAAAGCAAUAGCUUUCAGCCAGUUCACAUCAUUUUUGGAUCUGAUAAACUACACCCUCGGGAAGUGUAGGUUUGGUUGAAACCAACUGGUGGGAAGCAUGUCAAUGGCAGCUAGAGAUGUUUCUAUCAAUAAAUUCAAGGAAAAUCCUAAUUGCAAAGUUUUCUUGAUGAGUUUGAAAGCUGGAGGUGCUGCUCUCAGAUUAAAAGUCUCUUCUAUGUUUUGUGGUCUGAUAGUUUGACGGCUGUUUCCCGUGUGACGUUGUAUGUAGAAAGUUAUAUGAUUGUUUUUAUAUCCAAUCAGAGAACCUCAUAUUACUAAGAGAUUAGCACACCAGAACUCAUUUUUCUAUAAAACAAUUACUUAAAACACACAA